AUGUCAAGCGAUUACGAGAGUGAAGGAAACGUCACAAGUGACGACGCGUUCGAAAUUCUCGAUGGUAUCAUCAAGAGGUUCUGCGCCCCCCCAAAGCGCCGCUCAAAUGUCCGCUUUGGCCAUUUGACGGUGCCUGCGUAUUUCACUACAAAAUACAACAUCGUGGACCGACUGAGCUCGGCUAUACACAAGAGGACAGACUCUACACAGGUCUUUGUUCUGACGCGCAAGGAGCAACGCAUUUUUUCAUCCUUCGAGUUUGAACACAUGCCAAAGCUCGUUAUGCGCGAUCAGACAAUCGAUCACGCUGACUUCUGUUCCAUUUUGGAAUACUGUCGCAUUGAUCCUGACGCUCCCAUAGGCCCUGGCUGGGUGGAAGGUGGUGAGCCCAUGUGGAAAUGUGACCAAUGGUUACCCAAACGAGUGUUCAUUGUCUUUUCACUGGACCCUUGGAUGUCAGCUGCUUGCGCGCUCGCCCUCACUGGACUUGUCCAGUGGGCUUGCGACACGGCUGAGAAAUAUGGCGCCGAUAUCCGUGUGUUGACAUUCUCAAACUUCUUUGGGAACAGUCUACUAUCGGAACUCGUCAGCCUUCGCUCUCAACAGCCUGUUGAACACUUUGAGUUGCCUAUCCCAACUCAAUUCAACCUCAUUCCUGAGGCGGCUAUCGACUUGACACAUGAGGAUCACGUAUACUCAACCAUUCAAGCUCGAAUGUCACCUCUGAAUGCUGAAUCGAGGAACGCCGUCCUGGUAGUGCCUCCGAUCAACAGAGAAGACCUGUUCCAGGGGCUACAGUUGGCGCACGAUGUGCGUUACCAGUACCUGCUGUUGAAGCACGUCGAAGAAAACGGUGAAAGUAUGUCCUGGAGCCUGGCGAACUGUGCCCCUGGCUUCGGGAGAACCGUCACCGUCAUUCAGGUAGAUUUGGAGCACCCUAUCCCUGACAUUCUAUACGGCUUUGAACGCGUUCACAUCGUUCUUGGUAAGCGAUGUAUGAGAACCGUCUUUGAUGAAGAAACCAAACAGGUGGUCAGGACUGAGCUCUCGAUCACUCAGAGUGAGCUUGAUAGCCUGCGAUGGUGGUGCUUCCAAUUGAACAAUCCAUUUCCUUACCUCCGCAUCUAUGCUGGAAGUGAGGGUCUGAGAGCGAAUGAAGAUGCGGCUGUUUACAGACCUCUUCAUAUCAUGAAUGAUCAUGCCGGUGCUUUCAUCAGUGGCGUCUACGGCAUGUCUAGCUGGGGCAUUGAUCCUGAGCAAGUCGUGGGAUGCUUCAUCAAGUCAACUCCGGUCAUUGCACAGGUGACUAGCCUCUUGCGAAAGGAGGGUGUCAUCCAUGGACAUCUCGCCAGACUUGCCUUCACAGGGAGUGAGGAGACUAGGUACCGAGUUAUUCUACGCGCCCUUGGAUACGACCAUCGCAUCGCACAUUUCUGUGCAUUGCGCUCGUCGGAUAUCAAGGUGCAGUGGAUCAAAUCACAGCUGGCUGUUGUCCUGAACGUGUCAAAAGACUGGACUGUGGAAAUUGAGCCCGGAAGGCAUUUCGGAUCUGACAUUCCGGCCUUUGGCUGGGGAUCAAAUCUCUCUGAUCAUGGAGAUCUCUGGCAAGUUCUUGGAAUGUGGAAAGCCAUUGCUUUGAACUGGGAAGAGUUUGAUGACAUUACCUCUCCUCAGGAACCGAUCUGGGAUGCGACUGGCUAUCUGAAGCCGCCCAUAGGCGCUGUGCAGCACUUUCAUGCCACAAAUCAUCAACUACAAAAUGCUUUGCAUUCUGUAGAGAAUUACAUCAAACUCCCUUUUCAUGGCGUCGAGGAUGAGAUUGAGAGUCUAAGCGAUGAUCAAAUGCGGGAGGUAUUCCAACAUCUGUUGCACGCCUUCCAGCAUCAACUCAUUGCCACUCGUCUCGCUGUUGUCCAGGGUCACGAACAGCUCCAGCACACUGUCGUCUCAACCGGGAAAAGUGUUGAGAUGAGGAGCCAGAGGACCGUACUGCCGCUUCCCAAUGCCAUCUUCAAGAACGUGGAGAGAGGUGGUGUUCUCUAUGGCAUAUGCACAGAGUUCAUCAAGGAGCCAGACUCUCUGGUUGCCAUGAACUGGACAUGGAUGCCUCAUGAUCUGGUCGCGCAGUACAUUUGA